AUGGCACCAGCUGGAGGCCCGGGGGCCAAGAGAGGUAUUUUGGAACGUCUGGACAGUGGGGAAGUUGUGAUUGGAGAUGGCAGCUUUCUCAUAACUCUGGAGAAGAGAGGCUACGUGAAGGCUGGACUCUGGACUCCGGAAGCAGUGGUAGAACAUCCAAGUGCAGUUCGUCAGCUUCACACGGAAUUCUUGAGAGCAGGAUCAAAUGUCAUGCAGACUUUCACCUUUUCUGCCAGUGAGGACAAUAUGGAAAGCAAGUGGGAAGAUGUAAAUGCUGCUGCCUGUGACCUCGCCAGAGAAGUGGCUGGCAAAGGCGAUGCUUUGGUGGCAGGGGGGAUCUGUCAGACAUCAGUGUACAAACACCACAAGGAUGAAGCUAGAAUUAAAAAAAUUUUUCGACUACAGCUAGAGGUUUUUGCCAGGAAAAAUGUGGACUUCUUGAUUGCAGAGUAUUUUGAGCAUGUUGAAGAAGCUGUGUGGGCUGUGGAAGUCCUAAAAGCAGCGGGUAAACCUGUGGCAGUCACCAUGUGCAUAGGGCCAGAGGGAGACAUGCGUGAUGUAACGCCCGGAGAAUGUGCUGUGCGGCUGGUGAGGGCAGGGGCUUCCAUCGUUGGGGUGAACUGCCGAUUUGGGCCCACGAUCAGCCUGCAGACGAUAAAGCUCAUGCAGGAGGGCCUUGGGGCUGCGGGGCUGAAAGCACACCUCAUGGUGCAGCCCCUGGGGUUCCACACCCCCGACUGUGGCAAAGGAGGGUUUGUGGACCUCCCAGAAUAUCCCUUUGGACUGGAGCCCAGAGUUACCACCAGAUGGGAUAUUCAGAAGUAUGCCAGAGAAGCCUACAACCUAGGGGUCAGGUACAUUGGUGGGUGCUGUGGAUUUGAGCCCUACCACAUCAGGGCCAUUGCAGAGGAGCUGGCCCCAGAAAGGGGCUUUUUGCCACCAGCUUCAGAAAAACAUGGCAGCUGGGGAAGUGGUUUGGACAUGCACACCAAACCGUGGAUUAGAGCAAGGGCUAGAAGGGAGUAUUGGGAGAAUCUGCUGCCAGCUUCAGGAAGACCUUUCUGUCCUUCACUAUCAAAGCCAGACGUCUAA